AUGAGAUCCGAGUCAGACUUUUUGUACACCAAAAUUGUGGCUGAUCAAAGUGAAAGCUUACACAGCGACGACGACCAUCGCUCUCUCGCAAACCACGCAUUCGUUCACUCUGGCGACAUAAACUUGACAAUUAUCUUUAUUUCUACUUCUGCCUCUCUUUCAAAACUCGAGCAAUGGGUGUCCCUGCUCUGUUCCGUUGGCUCAGCAAAAAGUACCCUAAAAUCAUCUAUGAGGUCGCCGAAGACGAAUGUUACUAUUCGAACGGGGGAUCCAGGUGAUCCAGAGGCAGAGUCUAUUGAUAUUCCUGUCAACAUGGCAGAUCCCAAUCCCAAUGGGACGGAAUUUGACAAUCUGUACCUUGACAUGAACGGCAUUGUCCACCCAUGUACUCACCCCGAAGGGAAACCUGCCCCAGAGACUGAAGAGGACAUGAUGAUGGAAGUGUUCAAGUAUACAGAGAGGGUUGUAAAUAUGAUUCGUCCUCGCAAGUUACUAUUCAUGGCAAUUGAUGGCGUUGCACCUCGAGCGAAGAUGAAUCAACAACGGUCGCGACGUUUCCGCGCUGCCCAGGAAGCCAAGGACAAAGAGGAAGCACGGAAAGAAUCGGUAGCUCUUUGGGAAUCAAUGGGCAAGGAGAUCAGUGCAGAUGAAAAGAACAAAAAGGCCUGGGAUUCCAACGCCAUCACCCCAGGAACCCCAUUUAUGGCUCUAUUAGCGAGCUCACUUCGGUACUGGGUUGUUCAGAAGAUGAAUUCAGACUGCCGGUUGGAAGAACUUAUUAUCUCCGAUGCGAGUGUUCCUGGUGAGGGAGAGCACAAAAUCAUGGAUUUUAUAAGACGCCAGAGGGUCAAUCCGGGACACGAUCCGAACACACGGCACGUGAUAUAUGGGCUGGAUGCUGAUCUUAUUAUGCUUGCUCUAGCUACACACGAACCUCAUUUCCGAGUACUUCGAGAGGAUGUGUUUUCCGACGCGAAUUCGACCAGCUGCCGAAAAUGUGGUCAAGAGGGCCACUAUGCCGCUCAAUGUACAGUGUCUGAAGACGAAAUACAAAGGAAAGCAUCUGCUGUUGUACAGAAACCCAAACCAUUUAUUUUCCUCGAUGUCGCUGUUCUUCGCGAGUAUCUAGAAGUCGAACUCGACACACCCCAAGCAACCUUCCCUUUUGAUCUCGAAAGAGCUAUUGAUGACUGGGUGCUUCUCAUCUUCUUUGUCGGAAACGAUUUUCUUCCCCAUCUCCCAUCACUUGAGAUUCGCGAAGGCGCCAUUGAUACGCUGUUGAGGAUAUGGAAACAAGAACUACCUAGGAUGGGUGGUUAUCUUGCCAACCAUGGCCAACUUGAGCUGUCACGUGUACAGAUCAUUCUUGAAGGUCUCGCAAGGAGAGAAGAUGAAAUUUUCAAACGUAGACGUGAAGCUGAAGACCGCCAAGAUGCAAAUGCCAAACGUCGUAAGUUGGAGGCUCAGAAUGGGAAAACUGUCACCGUUGGAUCUUCCUCCUCUGCCUCCCAGACAGGUGGUCCGACAACUCCUUCGAGUAACUCUAGUUCCUACCCGGCGCAUCCCUCUCUUCCCCAGCGGCCUGAUUUCGCUGCGAAUGCUGAUUCUAUUGGUCUGGGUGGUCCCCGAACAACACAAUCUCAACUAAACAUGUCUGCUGCGACUCAGGCUUUGGCCGGCUCUAACCGCGACGUUGUUGCUAAUAUUCGCGCCAUUCGAAUGGCAAACAUGAGCGCCGCUGAAAUGCUUAAAGCUGAGCUUUCCGGCAAGCCUGAUCUAUCCCUUCCCGCGAAACCCCCAGCAACAGCUGAUGUACCUUCGGCAACUCUUGAUGCUUCUCGUAUGAGGUCACCUUCUUCUCGGCCUACUGCUACAGUCAUGCAGGCGGAUAGUUCUCUGAGUCAGGAUAUUUCCAUGGAGUCUAUCACAGAUGUUCCACAAAUAGACGAUGAUAGUGUCGUAGCCGGGACCAAGCGUAAAGUGGAGGAAGGUCCUGAAGCUGAUGAUGACACUCUACCUGAUGAAGAAGAGGAAGAUACAGCGAUUGGCAUUACUUCCUCGUUGUCAUUGAAGGUCAAUGCAGACGGAACUGUAGAACAAGAAGAUACAGUGAAGUUGUGGGAGCCUGGUUACAAGGAACGGUACUAUCGUCAGAAGUUUGGAGUGGAACUAUCCGAUGUAGAGUUCAGAAAAGCUCUUGUCAAACAUUAUGUUGAAGGAAUGGCAUGGAUCCUCAGAUAUUAUUAUCAAGGGGCGCCAUCCUGGCAGUGGUAUUAUCCGCAUCAUUUUGCUCCCUUCGCCUCAGAUUUUGUUGAUAUCGAAGCACUGGAUAUUACAUUCGAUCUUGGCGAACCCUUCAAACCUUUUGAACAGUUGAUGGGUGUGUUCCCUGCCGCAAGUCGCAUGCACAUACCGGCUGUAUUCCACAGCCUUAUGCUUGAUGAGGAUUCGCCGAUCAUUGACUACUAUCCUGAGUCGUUCCAAAUAGACAUGAACGGAAAGAGAAUGGCAUGGCAAGGUGUUGCGCUGCUUCCUUUUAUAGACGAGAAGCGUCUUUUGGCGGCUAUGGCAUUGCACUACGAUGGUCUCUCCGAAGAGGAAGUGCGCCGAAACUCCUGGGGCAAUUCAAUUAUUUUUGCUUCUGAUGAACAUCCUAUAUAUCCGUUCUACGAGCAAUUGUAUGGGAAACGCAAGUCAAAUAAGGCCGUGACCAUUGAUACUGCUCUUAGCAAAGGUAUCAGUGGGAGUGCCCUUCCCAACCCUGAUUGUAUACCUGGUUCGACGUAUUUCAAUCCUCUCACGAAUCAAGACCUUCCAGACAUUAGAAAUGAUCGCUCUUUGUCAGUAAUCUAUUUCUUCCCCAAGCAAAUAACACCCCAUCGGUCGGUAAUGCUACCGGGAGUAAAGAAGGGUCCUCGUGUUCUUCAGGCCCAAGAUCUCGAAACGACGCGCAGUGGCGGAAGAGGCCGAGGUCGUGGCAGCUGGGAUCGCGGCGGUGGCAGGGGCGGUGGGGGGAGGAGCAACGGGAAUGAUCGACCCAGGGGAGGCGACCCUUUCCACUCACGGCCUAGUUCGUAUGGUCCUCCUUCUCGUGGUAAUGACAGAGGUUAUGAAGGACGGGGAGGAGGUGGUAAUUCUUAUCACCCAAGCCCGUAUCAAUCACGACCCCCGCCACCUCCGCAGCAGCAGUACGGAGGAGGUGGAUAUGGUGGGUAUGGUGGUGAUGCAGGCGCAGGCGCUUAUGGUGGAUAUGGUGGCGGCGCUUACGGAGGUGGUCGCUCUGCAUAUGGAGACUCAGGCCCCCCUCGAGGUGGUCCUCCGCCCAACUCUUACGGUGGUUAUGGUGGGUAUGGAUCUGGGGGAGGAGCUUAUGGUGGUGGUGGUAGUGGUGGCCCUUAUGGCGGCUACGGACAGGGAGGUGGUUACGGAGGCGGCGGUUACGGUAGUAGCUCUGGAAGUUAUGGUCAAUCUACUAAUGGAUACGGCGGGUACAACAGUGGAGGUCGUGGAGGAAGCGGAUACUCAUCUAGAGGCAGGGGACGUGCUUGGUGAUAAGUUACAUGGUUUCAUUUUCGCAUAUCUGUACAUAAACUGUAAGUAAUCAUGGUAGUUAACAUCUGAGUGCCUUAUCCAACCCU